AGCAAGUAAACUAUGUAGAUGUUGGCGGAGCCUACGUGGGACCUACCCAGAACCGAAUUCUGCGAUUGGCUAAAGAACUUGGCAUAAAAACAUACAAAGUAAAUGUAAACGAGAGAGUUAUCCUGCAUACAAAUUUACAGCAGUAGUUUUGGUUCCUAUUCAAGCACUGCAUUUCACAUCCAAUGCAAUAGGGGAGUGGAGAUCCAGAAGGGCCAUAGCUCAGUGCUGCAGCAUCUGCCUUGCAUGCAGAAGGUUCCAGGUUUAAUCCUCAGAAUCUGCAGGUAGGGCUGAGAAUUCCCCCUGCCUGUAAUCCUAGAGAGAUGCUACUAACCUGUGAGGACACUACUGAGCUAAAUAGAGCAAUAGUCAGACUUGAUAUAAGGCAGGUCCCUAUGUACCUAAUCAGACCCAUCCUCCUGAAACCAGCGAUCUAGUGACCCUGCUGUAGGAGGGUAACUUUGUGACUCUGCCUCACCACAGUGGUUUUUAUGGCAUCCAGGGAAACAGGGGACAUGGAAUUAAUAGGAAAAGCCCUAAUUUGUGCAUGCUAGCCUCUUUCUCUACUGAAGUUUAGCAAUUAGCAGGAUGGGUGGGGCAGGUCUCUGUAGGUCUCAGGUUAAGAACUUAAUUAGUUCCGGAGGUCCGUUCUUAACCUGAAACUGUUCUUAACCUGAAGCACCACUUUAGCUAAUGGGGCCUCCCACUGCCCCCGCGCCGCCAGCGUGCGAUUUCUAUUCUCAUCCUGAAGCAAAGUUUUUAACCUAAGGUACUAUUUCUAGGUUAGCGGAGUCUGUAACCUGAAGCGUCUGUAACCCAAGGUACCACUGUAUAAGAAAGCAAUUCUAUUUGCUUAGGAGAGGAAGUGUUCAAUUUUGGGUUUCUGUCCUAAAGAUCAAAUUGAGGACAGUUUGCAAAAGCAGAACUGUGAGAGCAGCUGAAGGAAGAGAAGAAGAAAAAACUCUGCAGGAGAUUUUGUUUCUGCAAUACAGUACCUAGAGGUCAGAAUACUCAUCCCAUAGUAAUCAUUAACUUUUAUUUCUGAGGCAGUUGGACAAUGAACUUGAGCUUUGUUUAUUGCUUUUACCAUGUGUUCUUUGAUUUCAGUUUGUUGGAGUGGAUAAAUGGGGCUGUUAGCUGUUGCUUUUUGAAUAUUUGAAACGUCCUGCUAAUCUGUGCAGAUGAAUUAUAUAGAGCACACUUUUAAAUGUUGCUUUUCAGAGCCCUUUCAAGAGCAGUUUCAAUCUGAUGAGCUACAUGGCAUGAAUGUAAAAGGGUUUACUCAAACAUGCAUGCAAAUCAGGUCAAAGCUUUUUCUUGCCAUGGCCUCAACCCAGCUUUUGCUAUGCAUUUUGCUGACAUUCUGGACACACAAGCCCACAUCACAACUUGGGGACACAAAAUUAAAUCAAUUGGCAGUAGAUUCAGCAGCAAAAAUUAUGUUCUUCUCACAAGACACGAGAGCAUUCAUGCAGUCAGCAAAAGGAAAUUGCAGACCUUAACCCUUUCAUACUCUUGUGGUCCUGAUCCCUAUAGUCCUAAAGUAAGAACAUUCAUGAAAUCACAUAAAUGACAUAUGAUGCAGCAAUAUUUGUAUCCAGUUAAAUAUUUAUUGAUUAAUCUGUAUGUAGUGUAAAGGGUUUGUUUUGGGAUCGGUCUGGCUUAUAUUUGAACAUUAUAUUAUAUUCUCACUAAAAGGAAUACAUUUCCUUUGAUUUUGACUGUGGUAUAACAACAUAUAGAAAGAUUAAUUCCACACCCCACACCCCGGAAAUGGACAUUACAUUUUGGAAUCUUCUGUGUAUGAAAGCUACCUUAACUAGCUUUGCUUAUUGGCUGAUGUCUUCAGAAAAAUCCAUCUUUUCUAUACUUUGUGUUUAUGGAUUCAUUUCCAGUUUUGUUGGUGGAUUGUAACUGAUAUAGCUGCUAUGGAGACCUCAGAUCCAUGCCAGGAAACAAAUCCAUUGUUCCAUAUAUUUAUUUGUUUCAGGGAAAGUCCUAUCCAUUUCGUGGCGCGUUUCCUCCAGUGUGGAAUCCUAUCGUAUAUCUUGAUUUUAACAAUUUUUGGAGGACAAUGGAUGAACUGGGAAAAGAGAUUCCAGCUGAUGCUCCCUGGGAUGCACCACAUGCUGCAGAAUGGGACAAAAUGACAAUGAAAGAAUUCAUUGACAAACACUGCUGGACCAAAACCACUAGGGAUUUUGCUACGCUCUUUGUUGAUAUCAACGUCACUUCGGAGUCACACAUGGUCUCUGCUCUCUGGUUCCUGUGGUAUGUGAAGCUGUGUGGAGGAACAACCAGGAUAUUUUCUGUAACCAAUGGAGGGCAGGAGAGGAAGUUUGUCGGGGGUUCUGGACAGAUAACAGAGAAGAUAAUGGCGUUACUCAAAGGCACUGUGAAACUGGAGAGGCCUGUAAUCCACAUUGAUCAUUCAGGUGAUAGUGUCAUUGUGGAGACACUGAACCAUGAGACAUAUAAGAGCAAGUAUGUGAUUAGUGCCAUCCCACCAGCCUUAACCACAAAGAUCCAUUUCAAGCCAGAACUACCAACAAAAAGAAACCAAUUAAUCCAGCGCAUCCCCAUGGGCUUUGUUAUCAAAUGCAUGAUGUACUACAAAGAAGCCUUUUGGAAGAAGUCAGAUUUUUGUGGCUGUGCAAUGAUUUUGGACGAAGAGGCUCCAAUUUCAAUCACCUUAGAUGACACUAAACCUGAUGACUCUGUACCUGCUAUUAUGGGCUUUAUCCUUACACGAAAGGCAUUUAGACUAGCAGAUCUUAGCAAAGAGGAGAGGAAGAGAAAAAUCUGUGAACUCUAUGCAAAAGUCUUUGGAUCAGAAGAAGCUUUACAUCCAGUGCAUUAUGAAGAAAAGAACUGGGGUGCCGAACAAUAUUCUGGUGGCUGCUAUUCAGCCUAUUUGCCACCAGGCAUUAUGUGCCAAUAUGGAAGGGUCAUUCGUCAGCCAGUAGGUAAGGUCUACUUUGCUGGCACAGAAACAGCUACUCAGUGGAGUGGCUACAUGGAAGGUGCAGUGCAAGCUGGAGAGAGAGCUGCCAGAGAGAUACUGUGCAGUAUGGGAAGGAUUUCAAAAAAUGAAAUUUGGGUGACAGAACCAGAAUCAAAGGAUGUCCCGGCUUUCCCAAUCACUACCACGUUUUUGGAGAGGAACUUGCCAUCUGUCCCAGGCCUCUUGAGCUUCCUCGGAUGUUCUGCUUUCUUCACCUCACUGGCUGCAGCUGGACUUCUUGCCUAUAAAAAGGGACUUAUCUUCCGAGAAAGCUUCUGAAUAAACUCUUUCAAUUUUGCCCUUCAUGCUGGGUAUUGUAUUUUUAUCGUGGGAACUGUAUUUUUAUCUGUUGCUGUAUAAGUGGCCUUGAGUGGGUGAGUUUUACCCAUAAAGAUUGCCUAUAAAUAUUUUUAAUGAACAAAUGUUGUUCUUGGAGAGAAGCAUUUUGGGGCACCUGAAUCAACACAUCAAAAAUAGUUUUAGUGUCCAUUUAAAAAUCAAGUAGUAGUGAAGCAAAGGUUCUAUUUUCUAGUUCAAGCCCCAUGUUGGGCAAAAGAACCCUGCAUUGAUGGGGGUUGGACUAGAUGACCCUCGUGGUCCCUUCCAACUCCAGAAUUCUAUGAUUCCUCACUUACUUUUAUUGAUUAAAGUCAGUGGCCUUUUAUCCCUUAUGCCUUUUGAGAACAAGCCAGAACAGAUACUUUGCACAUUUCACAAUGCUUUUGGAAAAAUUAA